GACAUUUUUAUGAUUACAGAUGUAUAAUGGCAUAUUAAUUUAUCCUUGACCGUAGCUUAAUUAUCAUAAUAAAAUUACUUAACCGCCAAAAACCUGUAUGAUCAAGUGUUAUGGUUCAUUUUUAUCAUUUGUUGUCAGAUCGUAGGGCACCUCAGACAUCGGUGUGGAUUGGCUGUCAGUUAACAUUCCCUCGCCGAAGUCAACGCACGCAUACAAGAUGCCGAAAGUCGUGUACCAUUACUUCUCGUGCAAGGCCCUGGGAGAGAGCGGCCGCAUGCUGCUCGCUUAUGGCGGCCAAGAGUUUGAAGACCACAGGAUUCUGUCGGCAGACUGGCCCGAUUUCAAGCCGAACACCCCAUUCGGUCAGAUGCCAGUGAUGGUCAUCGACGGCAAGAAAUACGCACAGAGCACCGCCAUCUCGCGCUACCUCGGCCGCAAAUACGGACUCGCCGGCAGCAAUGAGGAGGAGGCCUUCGAAAUCGACCAGAAUGUCGAGUACCUACACGACAUUCGUGCUAAAGCCGCUGGUGUGUUCUACGAGGCUGACGAGGCCCUGAAGGCUAAGAAACACGAGGACUUCGUCAAGAACGUGUACCCUGACAUGCUGAAAAGGCUCAACGCCAUCAUUGAGAAGAACAACGGACACAUUGCCGCUGGAAAGCUGACAUGGGGUGACUUCGUGUUCACCGGCAUGUUUGAAUAUUUGAAGACCAUGCUUCAAAUGCCUGAUUUGGAAAAGACCUACCCAGUCUUCAAGAAGGUGCAGCAGGCGGUCCUUUCGCAGCCCAAAGUAAAGGCUUACGUAGACCUCGGCAGGGAAUACGAAUACCAAUUCUAAACAACUUUAGCACUAAGUACCUAAAAAAAGAUCUAAAACACCUAUGGUUUAAAACGGCAUUUGUGAUUGUCUCUCGCAUUAACACUCGGUUAUUUUAUUUGUUAUUGAAUUAAAUUUUUGUUAAUAAAUUGUG